AUGAUCAGGUUCAAAGUAACAGUCGCAAGAAUCCGGAACAUACAACCACGCUCCAACCACGCUUAUUCAACAAUAAUAAUGGCCACCCGACCAGCUCCAGGAAAGACUCCAAAUAAACCAGUCAAGGCUCGAAAAACCGAGGCGGAGAGAUUGAGAGAGGGACUGGACGCAGAUUGGUUCACCAGAACCGGAAGACGAGCUGGUUAUGUGGAUUACACACAGUUUUUCGGCGAUACGAACACUAAGGAGUUCAACAAAAGACGUCCUCGCCGAUCAGCCACCCGAUCGAAAAACUCGAAGAAGACUCCGUCCACCGCGCCAAACAACUCUACUCAAUCUGUUGCGCUUCCAGUUGUUCCAACGCCCAAUAACUCUCCACCAUCAUCUCCCAUUCCACCUGCACAAGUCUCAACCACCAAUCAAGGCACUCCUUCACCACAACUCUCUCCAGUAGCCUCAAGACAGGAUAUCAAUGUUGAUUUUGAUCAAAUCCGAACCGUUAAAGAGGAGGAGAUGAACAUCGAACCAAUUCCAACAUCAAGCGGUUCUAAGCGGAUUAGUCAAAAAGAAAAGGACCAUAUCGAUGUUAUAUUGAAAACCAUCUCGGAUACAACUCUCUUCACACUUCUCCUUCGCUUGGCACCAUUGCUGGAUUUUUUGCCAUCUUACCGUGAUGAGGCGCUCGGUUUGUCUCAAAUGUUUGGUGACCGCUACUGGAUUCCUUUGCUUCACCAUUCAUUCAAAACCAAAGCAUUCCUUGCUCUGCAAAACUUGAGGGAAGCUUUCGUCAAUGGCAAAUAUAUUCCCCUUGAAAUAAACGGAGCGUGGGCCAUGGGAUGUUCAAUGUUUGAUAUCAACAACAUCUUCAAACUGUUGGUGGAUCAAAAACUUGCUGAGAUUUUUUGGAAACUCAACAGGCGACAGAAUGCAGCCUACAGUUUCCCAAUUCUGGACGAUAUUUCAAGACGUCUGCAAGAAUUGAACGUUGUCAACACUCUACCUCGGUCUCCUCACGUCCUUGGUCUCGACAAGAUUGCUGUAUCCGAGUUUAUGGAGUUCACGAUGGUUUUGGCACUGUUGAAAGAGACCAUUGGACAAACUCUGAAUGAGUAUGCCAUGUCAGAAGCACGAGUGGACGUCGUUGAGCCAAUUCCAGUGAAAUUCGUAUUAGACGUGAGACUCAUUGGAGAAAUCGAGACAAUUCAAAACCGCUCCAAGGCUUCAAUUGCUGCAAUGAAACCCGAAAUUGCGAUGGACGAAGACUCCAAGCAAGACGUGAAAUAA